AUGCCACGUACUGGGUCUGUCAACACGCCGGAAAACCCUGUUAAGUUCUCGAAGCAGUGGUGUAUCUACCGGAUUCCUAGCAGACUCAGGAAUGUAAAAGAUGAAGCAUACACUCCUCAAUUGAUUUCAAUUGGUCCUUUCCACCAUGGCAAUCUGAAACUGAAGGACAUGGAAAGCCAUAAAAAGAAAUUUUAUGAGAAUUUCUGCCAGCGAACUUCAAGGAAAAACAAGGAACUAGAAAACUUCAUCCGUGAGAGAGAAGAUGACAUUCUUCGUUGUUAUGCUGGGGCCAUUGAGCUUGAUAUUGACUUUGUGAAGCAUGAAAAUUAUUACAUUUUAAGAUCGCCAUUGCUGAGGAAAGCUGUCGAGCAGGACCUGAUACUCUUUGAAAAUCAGCUUCCUUAUCCUCUUCUUCAAGAGCUAUAUGACUUUGCCAACCCCAUCUAUUCCAGUUCCAAUCCCGAGAAAAAUGUUCAGGAGAAAGAAGAGGCGGAUGACCUGCAGCACUGCUUGCCUUGCUUCCAGCCUUGUUUUCCAUUUUCCCCUUCGACCCCUUCUGAUGAUCAUCGUAUAGAGAUUGAGAAAACAGAACCUGCUUAUGAUCACCCCUUUCUAAAGCUUACUUGUGAGUUCUUUAAGGAAUUCACGAAGUUACAACCCAUUGAGAAUGGAGUACAAGUGAAACAUUUCACUGACUCAGUAAGAUAUUUUCUGUGGCCAAUUGAAAAAAUGACUUGGGUAGGAAAUGGUGACUGCAUCCCUACCAAAAGUAUAUACGACGUAAGAAAGCUGAAGGAAGCAGGGGUGAAGUUUAGGCCAAAUGAAGGUAGUGAACGCUUCGUCAUAAAAAGAGGUGAGGACCACAAACGUAAUUUCAAAAUGGCAUGCUUUAGAAAUAUGAACUUGAAGCUUACAAAAUUUUGGGCAAGGUAUGAGGUAGAAUGCGUUAUUCGAAACGUGAUGGCCUUGGAGCAGCUUAUGUACCCAAAGAAGGCUUAUGUUUGCAGUUACUUUUUGAUGCUGGAUCAGCUUGUGGACACUGCGGAAGAUGUGAAUGUGCUGAUUGAAAGCGAAGUUAUAGUUAAAUUGCUAUGCAGCAGCGACGUAGUGGCGAAGCAGAUUAAUUCACUUAGUGAGCAGAUUAUGGACGAUAGAUCCUGCUAUACAGACAUCUGUCAACAGCUUAACGAGCACUACGAGAUCAGCUUAUGCAACCGUAACAUUUCGAUCCUGAAACGAGUUUACUUCAAGGAUCUUUGGACGGGCAGUUCAACUAUUCUUGGACUCUUUGUGCUGGUAUUCUCCAUCAUUGGAACCAUUAAGUCUCUCAUGUCAUAA